ACAGCUCUAAGCGGUCAAGUGAUACAAUUUUAUAACCUCAACUGUUUUAUUUUGUCUUCAUAAAAACGAUUAAACGACAACCCAAAAGAGAUGUUAAAGUCUGUAGUUAGCAAGCUUAUAUCCGCUCAGCAAACAUGCGGGUUCCACACCACAGCCUGUCUCAAUGAGGUCAGAUUAUUGACAAGACUUAGAGUAGUCGACAACUCCGAAAUUGGGAAAAGAGCCAUGGCGGAAGGGAAACCUCCUAAAGUAAUUUGUGUUUACAACAAAACAAGAGUGGGCUACAUUGGUGACAGAGUAUUGGUUGCUAUUAAAGGACAAAAAAAGAAAGGCAUCUUAGUGGGUUUGAAACAGACACAGAAAGUCAAAGUACCUAAGUUUGACAGCAACAAUGUGGUGCUGAUAGAUGACAACGGGACACCUCUAGGUAAUCGCAUCCAUGUGCCCAUUCCUACCAUCCUGCGCACUAUACUCAAAGAAAAGACUCACUCCAAAGGGGCUGACUACACCAAAUUAUUAGCUAUAGCAACCAGAUUUGUGUAAAUGAUAGUAACUAGUCAAGUAGCUAGAAUAGUAAGUAUUAAUAAAUUUAUAUCAUAAUUCA